ACAACCCGCCGAGUUCGAAACCCAGUAGAAAUGGCGACCAGAGAAAAGUCGUUAAGAUACCGACAGAAAAGUGCGAACAGCACAUUUCAAACGUCCAGUGUGGACUCCACCGCCGUCGAAGAAAAGCUGUUCCAUCACGUCGAGGUGGACGAGGACGGCGACGACAACCCGGUGGUCUUCAUCUGCGCCAAGUGCAGGUUGCCUGUUGGAGAUUCGCUGUCCUGGGAUGGAAGUGAAGACGGCCAGAACCAAAUACGACUGAAGCGGGUCACUGACAACGUCUUGGUUGGAAAAGAAAGUCGCCUGUAUGAAGCAAGCAAACGCUCUCUCUGCCUCAUUGUUGAUCUGGUGUGUCGAGGCUGCCACUCUGUUCUUGGCAUGGUUUACACAUCAACACCUAAGAGUCUGGACCACAAGAGGUUUACAUUCUGCUUCAAUGUAGCUGACAUCGACAGCUACGUGUUGGGCUCUGCAAACCAGAUGUUGGCAGCAGAGGGCCCCAAAGAGCAGCCAGUCACACUGGAGUACAGUAACAUUGUUGAACAACAGCUUACAGAGAUGAAAAUGCUGGUCGUGUCCAUGGCACAGAGGCUGGAAGAGAUCGAAGUUGGCCUUCAGGACUGAUGUGAUUAGAUGCGACAGAGAUGGACGUCAACUUGUCGGGGUUGGUGAUUUGUUCAGGUGUUGAAUGUGAGGAUCUAAUAUCCACGCUCCUUGCCCCUACCUUUACAUUAAGCCUUCUAGGUUUUAUAUCAACCAUGUUGCUUCGACAACACUUUUUGUCCUUGCCUCACUUUGUGCUCGAACACCUAUACGCACACUCACACACACACAUACACACACAAGCUUCCACUCUGCUUUGUCCUGAUUACCAGUGGUGAAACAAAGACUGCCUGCACUUGUAAUCAAUCAUGUUGCCAGCUCUGCUCCUGCGGCUCAUGGCACCGUCUUCUCUGUGGGUCUCAGUGCAGAGUGAAUGUGCGCUAUGAGCAGAAUGUUUAUUUGUGCAGGAUUUCAUCAGGCAGGCUGCACACUCAGCACAAUGCUGUAUUGAUCUGGCCUCUCCAAGUCACACACACACACUUUUUCUUUGUUCUUGUUCUCACGUGUGGAGUCUAGAAGCCAGACAGGAUUGAUGUGUACAUGUUUUUUUUUUUGUGGUCUGAUGUUGGAAAGAACUCAAAAACAUUAGAAGAAUUUGUAUCGGUUUUCACCAUGAAAAACACACACACACACACACACGCUGCAUUAUAGAGAGGUACAUUACUCUGUAGCUCUUAAGUAUAAUCCAAGAACUUUUUCUUUGUUUUUUGCAAAUAUUGUCAGAUUUUUCCAAAAUAUGCAGCAAUUUGCAUCCCUUCAUUUGUUGUUGUUUCACUAGCUCAUAGGUUUGUUUAUUUUUGUUCUGUUUGUUCCCAGUUGUAUGAGUUUAUUGUUGUCUUAAAGAUUUUUGUACAAUAAAGUAUUCAGCUGUUUCCUCGACUGAA